AUGCGCACACGUUCCAGGGCCGAUGAUGAUGAUGAUGACGAUGGUCUUGGUGUUGUUGCUGCUGCUGCUGAUGUGGGUGGUGGUGACGCCGCCAACGUACGCAUUACGCAACCCUCAGGGUGCACGCAUUGGCUGAGCGCCAAGAGAUUUGCGACAUUUUCUGCCUCCAUUUCUCACCUUGGUGUGUGUGCGUUCAUAGCGGCAGGGACGGUUGUGGGGCUGCAGAAUGCGAUAAUGUUUUGGUACGUAAACAAAGUGCGAAGAGUCAUUAUGACUUGA